AUGAAUUUUGGAAAAGCAAAUAUUGCUGUUAAUAGACUACCUAAUGUAUGUGUUUCUAUUAUUGUAGCUGAUCUGCAAGCGGAUAAAACAAAUCUUUUAUUACAAGCUCUUGCCGAAGCAAUCAAUUCAAAUGUUGAUAAUAAUGAAGUUGUUCGAAAAACUUUACAAAGUUUAGGUGAUACAAAUGAAAAUCAAAAACCAUCAUGUAGUCGAGAUCGUAAAGAUCUAUCCUAA